CGCUGUUUGAAGCUUAAUCAGGUAAAGUGUACCUGGCUCCUGGUGCUGUGGCAGGGAAGCCAGGCAGAGGCCGCCGCAGGUGCUGCAGGGCAGGCAGGUUGCUCGGGAGGUCCUGCAGUCCCCUGAGAACCACUGGCUGGGAUCAGCUGCGCUGGAGGAGCGAAUCCCAGAGAAGCAACCGAAACACUUCCCCCAGACCCCAUCUGUUAAGCGGGUGCACUCCUGACAGCUGCUGUAAACACAGGACCCUCAGACAGCCUGGGGAUCCCUAAAGUGCGCCAGGAACAAGAACCAGACACUGGAGAUCCCCCUACAUACACUCACAUGGAGGCUUGCGGCUGGUGCCAGUAGGAAGUGCCCAUGCUUGGCUUCAGGAAGCAGGGCACUCAGCCCUGUCACCCACCCGUGAGUGGCGUGGAGUAGGGUAAGGGCUUCAGAGAUCUGUAGCACCAUGAGCAGGGUUGGAAUAUGUGCCUGCUGAGCCUCUGCGAGGGACCACGUUUCUCCAGGGCAAUGGCUCGCGUUAGAAAGUCCCCUGAAGCUACUCCAAAGGACAAAAAGAGGCCCUAGCAAGCGCUGCAGAGGUUCUGCUGGCGAUGUGACUCGUCCCCGUGGUCAGAACUGGGCAGACCCCUAGCAGGGGCCACUCGGGAACCUUCUCACUCAGGGUCUGGCUCCCCGCGACACCAUGAACAAUAACUUCUGCCGGGCCCUGGUGGACCCGAGGCCCGUGGGUCCCCCUAGCUGCAUGCAGCUGGGCGUCGUGCCCCCGCCCAGGCAGGCGCCGCUGCCCCCCGCUGAACCCCUGGGGAACGUGCCCUUUCUGCUGUAUCCGGCGCCCACCGAAGCAGCUUAUUACGACGGCUACGCUGGGGUGCUGCCCUACGUGCCCUUCCCCGGCGCCUUCGGGGUCUACGACUGCCCCUUUGAGCCCGCCUUCAUCCAGAAGCGCAACGAACGCGAGCGGCAGCGCGUCAAGUGCGUCAACGAGGGCUACGCGCGCCUCCGCGGCCACCUGCCGGGCGCCCUGGCCGAGAAGCGGCUCAGCAAGGUGGAGACGCUGCGCGCCGCCAUCCGCUACAUCAAGUACCUGCAGGAGCUGCUGAGCGCGGCCCCGGACGGCACCCCGGGCCCCGGGCCGCCCACCGACUCCCGGCCCAACUGCCCCGGCGACUGCGAGGCUCUGGCGCCCCCCUCGCUGGUGCCCGAGCCGUCGGAAUCCUCGGGCUUCUCGUCCUCUCCUUUCUUUGAGUCAGAGGAAUCCAGCCAUUGAUCAGUCGGCCUCCCCGGACUCUGAGGAUGCUCCCCUCUCCCGCAUUCCCGGGGCGGGGGCCUAAAGCUUGGCGGUCCGUGGCGUUCUCCACCCCACCCCACCCCAACCCCACCCAAGUUUGGGCCUGAGAUGUCGAGUGAGGCACAGUGAAGUGAGCACCUCGAGAACGCAUUGCCCCCACCCACCCACACCUGGGCCUGCACUGCCUGCAGCAAUCUCCCCACCUCCCUCCCCCAGUCCUGGGCUGCAGGAGGCCACCUGGGACUGACUCAUUGGGUCAGACUACUGCUUGGCGUCAGCCUGCGUUGGGGUGAAAUUCAGAGCCCAGCCCGGCUCUAGAGGCUCUGCCCUGUUCUCUGUCAUCGCAGGGCAGGCCUGUUUCCCCGAACCCCCUGGAAGUGACCGAACCAUGCUUUGAUCCCAGUGCACUAUGCUCUGGCCAUCCGUGAAAGCGUCUCAGAUGCUCUAAAGAGGCCACGCGUGUCCACUCCUGGAUCUCUCUGGCGUCUCGGAUGGGGGGUGACUGCACCCCCCCGACACACACACCCCGGCUUUUGAGUGUGGCCUUCUCCAGGGUUUUCCUAGGUUGAGUGCAGUUUCUGCUCUAAGGCUUACAAGCCUCUGGGUCUGUUGGCACUGUUUUGGCACCAGAGAGCUAAAUAAAAGGACUGUGGAGUGUUGUGAUUUCUAAA